CUUGGCAAUAUUAAUCAAGGAUACCACAUCACUGCCGAUAGAGAUUUACAGGGUGCAGCCAUCGUGGGACGGUACAGGGGCCGACUUACUUUAAGUAUGCGGCAGCCAACCUUGCCGCAUUCAGCUUUCGGCCGCCAGUAAUCAAGAACGACACAACGACUAACCUUACUCAUCACCAAGAAAUGCAAACUGCUUCUACCCACUCAUCAGCAUUCACAACACAUAGAUACUCAUCUCAACUCUCAAUGCACACGAUGACAAGCUGGGGUCUUCCAUGACUCGCCCGCCGCAUCCCUGAUAUUGCUGCCAAGAUUCCCUGCCGCCACGGCCUGACCGCUAUCGCGUUUCGAUCGACACCAUCUUUCCCCUGGUGCUCAAACGACGCCCACAGAGCGGAUCCCCAUCUCCCGUUAGUCUAUUGACUGCCUUGUGUUCCAGUUCCACCCCAAUGCAUCAUGGCCGAUGAUGCAGAGCUCUCUUCGUCCUCAAAACAUCCACCACGCUCCCCCUCGCCCUCUGCGUUCCCUCGACCCACGCUGACACGCUUACCUUCGACCUCCGACCUCUCCAUACACUCGGGCGACGGUUUGUGGGCUCCUGAUGCAGCGGUAGCAUUGGCUGGUGUACACCCUCCUGAAAUCAGCAUGGAGCCCGAGCACUCGGGACAUAGGAGAAGGAAGAGUAGUUUGAUGAACUCGCUGGAUACGUCUACGAAGGCCAAGAUAAGGAGGAGUCCGCAGAGCCCAACGAAACGAAGAAACAGCACACCAGAAGAGCCGAAACUGGAGAGACCUUCGGAUGAAAGCACGAGUGAAGACGUGGAACUGGACGAGCUAUCAGACAAUGGCUUACAGGAUGAUGAGGAGACAGGUUUGACGGGGAAGGACAAGAGCAAGAGGAAACGAAGGCGGCGGCGGAAUACAUUGAUGGAUCAGAGAGUAGCCGCAGAAGUCAAAAUCACAGAAGAAGAGAGGAAAGAGGCAGACCAAUUCGUGAUGAGGAAUCUGCUGCUGAAUGGCACUCUGAUUGGGUUGUGGUACCUCUUUUCUUUGUCAAUAUCCAUUUAUAACAAAUGGAUGUUUGAUCCCGAGCACCUCAACUUCCACUUCCCAUUAUUUACGACUUGCUUUCACAUGAUCGUCCAAUUCUCCCUCUCCGCCCUCGUCCUCUUCUUCCUACCACAAUUUCGACCAAGAUACGAUUCCCUCACAAAUCCGAAUUAUACCCAUGUAUCUGAUGCGGAUCAGUUACAGCAUCAAGCGGACUCCAAAAAGCCUUUGAUGACACGAACCUUUUAUUUCACACGCAUUGGGCCUUGCGGUUUAGCUACGGGUUUGGAUAUCGGGCUUGGAAAUAUGAGUUUGAAGUUCAUUACCUUGACCUUUUACACAAUGUGCAAAUCCUCGUCACUAGCCUUCGUCCUCCUUUUCGCCUUCGUAUUCCAGCUCGAAAGUCCUUCCUGGCGAUUGGUAGCUAUUAUAACAACAAUGACUGCUGGUGUGAUAAUGAUGGUAGCUGGAGAAGUUGCAUUCAGUGCACUGGGCUUCGUUCUCGUCAUAUCUGCAGCAUUCUUCUCGGGUUUCCGCUGGGCCCUGACACAAAUCCUCCUUCUCCGAAACCCAGCGACCGCGAAUCCUUUCUCCUCGAUAUUCUACCUCGCUCCUAUCAUGUUCGUGGCUCUGUUCUUGAUUGCCAUUCCCGUCGAAGGGUUUCCAGCACUAUUCGAAGGCAUCAAGAUUCUUAUCGAACACAAAGGUCCAAUUCUUGGUCCACUCUUACUUCUUUUUCCUGGUACCAUUGCUUUCUGUAUGACAGCAUCGGAGUUUGCCCUAUUGAAGCGCACGUCUGUUGUCACGCUUUCGAUUGCCGGCAUCUUCAAAGAAGUGGUUACAAUAUCAGCUGCUGGCAUCGUUUUCGGUGACAACCUGACACCAAUCAACAUCUCCGGCCUUGUCGUCACCAUCGGUGCAAUUGCGGCCUAUAAUUACAUUAAGAUCACAAAGAUGAGAGCCGAGGCUCAGAAGGAAGCUCAUCAGAAUCACAUGGGUGCUCGAGAUGAUGCUUCUGAUGGAGAUGACGAGGAGUCCGAAGAAGAGGACUGGAAUACGGUUGAGGGAACGUAUGUGACCAUGGAUGGAGACAUUCUGCCGAACCCGGAAGCGUUCAAGAUCAAGACCCCGAAGAAAGGAGAGAAUCCCAGACCCCAAACGAAUGGACAUGCAACCGCGAGUGUUGAACCUAGUAGAGCGGAGAUUGCUGCAUUGGCAGCUAGCAAGAAAGAGCUUAGUGAUUGAGAAAGAGGAUCACCACCAAGAAGUAAUUGUAAAUGUACGAGCAAAUGGUGUAGAUCUGGCACAUGGGCAUCAUUGGGUCAUUGUGGGAGUUAUACCCUGGCGUUUGAAUGUGUAGAGUCUUGGGGGGACUUGGAUAGUGGAUAUAUACCAGAGGAUUGAAUGGAUAUUCAAGCUUACUGCCAUUGAACGGCAGAAUU